UCUUUAUUAAGUCGUUUAUAAAAUAGCAACACUUUAUGUUGUCAUAGAACAAAAAUUGUAAAUGCAAAACGAUAUUUUGUACAGUAUCAUAAUUUGAUUUUAGAAGAACAAGUUAAAGGAAUUUAUCUACUAACAAUAAUACGAAGUACUGGAAUGGUAUAGUAUUUUCAGAAUGGCUUCAUCUAAUACAUUACAAAAAGCUAUUGAUCUUGUCACUAAAGCAACUGAAGAGGAUAAAAACAAAAAUUAUGAAGAAGCCCUACGACUUUACGAACAUGGCGUAGAAUAUUUUUUGCAUGCAGUUAAAUAUGAAGCGCAAGGGGAGAGAGCUAAAGAAAGCAUUAGAGCAAAAUGCUUGCAAUAUUUAGAUAGAGCUGAAAAACUUAAGGAGUAUCUCAAAAAGGAUCGUAAGAAGAAACCAGUUAAGGAUGGGGAAUCAAACUCUAAGAGUGAAGAUAAAAAGAGUGAUAGCGACAGUGAUUCUGAUGACCCAGAAAAGAAAAAGCUACAGGGAAAAUUGGAGGGAGCAAUUGUGGUUGAGAAACCCCAUGUGAAGUGGAGUGAUGUAGCUGGACUUGAAGCUGCUAAGGAAGCUCUGAAAGAGGCUGUCAUUCUACCAAUUAAAUUCCCACAUUUAUUUACUGGCAAAAGAAUCCCAUGGAAGGGAAUAUUGCUUUUUGGCCCACCCGGUACUGGUAAAUCUUACUUAGCCAAAGCUGUUGCUACUGAAGCAAAUAAUUCUACAUUUUUUUCUGUUUCCUCAUCUGACCUUGUAUCUAAAUGGCUUGGAGAAUCAGAGAAAUUAGUGAAAAAUCUGUUUGAGUUGGCAAGACAGCAUAAGCCAAGUAUAAUAUUCAUUGAUGAAAUUGACUCCCUUUGCUCAUCCCGGUCGGACAAUGAAUCUGAAUCAGCUAGAAGGAUCAAAACUGAGUUUUUAGUACAGAUGCAAGGUGUUGGUAAUGACAUGGAUGGUAUCUUAGUACUUGGAGCUACUAAUAUUCCUUGGGUUCUGGAUUCUGCUAUUAGGAGGAGAUUUGAGAAACGUAUUUAUAUAGCUCUCCCUGAAGAACAUGCUCGUUUAGAUAUGUUUAAACUGCAUCUAGGUAACACUCGACAUAUAUUGACAGAACAAGAUAUGAAAACGUUAGCUACAAAAUCUGAUGGAUACUCAGGUGCUGACAUUAGUAUUGUUGUUCGUGAUGCUUUGAUGCAGCCUGUGCGAAAAGUCCAGUCUUCAACACACUUUAAGAAAGUUUCUGGACCUAGCCCCACUGACCCUAAUGUGAUUGUGAAUGAUCUUUUAACCCCUUGUUCACCAGGAGAUGCUGGAGCUAUGGAAAUGACCUGGAUGGAUGUACCAAGUGACAAACUUGCUGAACCGCCUGUAACUAUGUCAGACAUGCUUAGAUCCCUUGCAACAUCUAAACCUACUGUCAAUGAUGAUGACAUGAUUAAAUUGAAGAAGUUCAUGGAAGAUUUUGGCCAGGAAGGAUAAUUAUUUUAAAUUUAAAUUAUUAAGAUUAUGAGAGCACAGUGCCUAUAUUUUUGCUGGAGCAAGAGCUUAAUGUAAUAUUUUGUUUAUUAAUACAUUUAUUUGCUUUUCACUGUCUUGUCAUAUAUGCACUUCAUUAACAAUGUAAUGAAUGAAUGUUAUCUCUUACAGUUUAAGUCUGGAAUGGAAUAAAAUAUAUUUGUUAAGAAAAAAAUAUCUAUACAUUUGAAUAUGUGUAAUGAGUAACUGAGAUAUAUUCUUGUUAUAGUUUCUAGUAGUUUUAGUAAUAUGAGUUUGAUGAAAUAAUAUCCGAUGUUAGUAUAUUAUAGUAAAUGUCAUAAUAAAAUCCUAUGUGUGGAAAAUAACAAAUCUUAUUUAAUUACAGGGUUCAUUAUAUUAUGUGUUCCACACUUCAUUCAAAUUGAAAUUAUAAUAAUACUAAUGGCUUUAUCAUAUGACUUUUAAAUUAAAAUACUUUUGUAUUUUUGCUGUUGACAGAAACCAUCAUAGUAAUUUUAUAUAAAUUGUUUAAUUUCCAGUAGUGUCUAGACUUUUAGCAUAUUCUUAUAUUUUUUUAUUAAGUCCAAAAUUGUGUAUACUUAAGAAAUAAAAAAGCUGAUUAACUGUACAAAAAUAUUAUCAAUUAAAAUACUUCACAUUAGAAACAAUAUUUUAUUUACAGAAUAAAAUAAUACAUCACAUACAAACGUUCAUUUUAUCGCAUUGUUUGAUAAAUUAUAUUGAUGUAGCCUAUUAUUAUUAUGAAAGCAAUAGAUGCUGGUCUUGUUCGGUCAGAGGGAUUAGUUUCUGAAAACAAAAAUAAUAUAAUACUUAAUAUAUAUCGUAGUGAAUAAUAUAAAUUAUUAUUUAUAUAGGUUUUCGGUGAAAUUUUCAAGUUGUCUUAAGUAUUUUAUAGACAAUAAACUGAAUAGACUUAUUAGGUUACCUAUCGUGACAGUUCGCUCCCGCCGAUGGGUUCCAAUGAUGGCAACACAGCGGAUUUUCAUAUGUUGUGUGGCGGGAGCUCGCAACCCGAGAGUCGAUAUCAUUAAACCUUGUGAAGCUUGCUUGCUUUCUAAACUUGUUAACCAGGAACUCUCCGUGACCUUGUGUUAUUAAUAAUAAUAAUAUAAAUAGUUGGAGCAAUUAAUUAAUUGCAUGUCCUUAUGUAUACUUAUAUUAUUAACAUGAUUUAUUAUAAAAUUCAUUAAAAAGUAAAGCGAUAUUUUUUUUA